AUGCCAAUAACCACUACUGAUAGUAUUGGGCAGGCUGUGACAACCUCGAGACCUGUGGGAGUAUCGGUAUCCGGCGACAAAGAUGAGACGGGAACUCCCAACGGUGGCUAUAAUGUUCUUCUUUCCCCGGCUUUUCUCGACGAGGUCAAAAAGAUUGCGGGUGAAAGUUGUUCACUUCCCGUGAAACGGAGCGGACUGUCUUGUGGUAUCAACUUUGCACCGAGAGUUAUGACUUCCUUUGAAGUAUUUGCAGCAGCUAAAUUGGCUGUUGUAGCAGUUGGCGAUGUUACUAUAGCAGGAUUCGUUGCGAAUCUUCUGAAAGACUUGACCGAAAAGGGCCAAUCUUACCCACUUGAUAUUACUGUUCCACAAAACGACCUCAGCGAGGCUAGCGUCACUGCCAUUGCAGACCCUGCAGCUCCCAUAACAAUGACAAUAGCUUUAGUGCCUGCGAAGCCUAUCGCUACAACAGCGUCGUCAACGGCGACCACCAAAAGCUUGUGUUGGAAAUAUGUUCCUUCUAAGCCCACGAUGAACCCAGAAGAGGAAGACUACGAAGAGUCAGAAGAUACAGACGAAAAUCUCGUCGGCAAAAGAAACGACGCAGCUCCAAAUGUCUUCGGUCGAAAAGUUAGGCCCGCCCCCAGUGUUGUUAAAGCAGCACGCCUGUCUAAACGGGACAAAAAGGGACAUUUAAACUUCCUAGGACUAUGCUCCAAGCAUCCGUUUCCCACAGACAACGACAGACCUAGGCCUCCGAAUUACAAAAAAGCCCCUGAUAUAGCUAAAGACAAAGAUAUGGAAGAUUAUAGGUGGUACGUCCCACAAGCAAACGCUGAAUGUGGAAUCGCACUUCUCACCAGAGUUGGAAACAGAAGCCCGGAUGAUACAUCCCCAGGAGGCAAACUCUACCCUCCAGGGUACAAUGCUCAAGGAAAGAGUGGAACCACAAAGUUUGUGAAUGUUGAUCAUGUUUAUGAGCUGAAGCUCCUAAAGUUAUUUUUUGAAAGCGUUUUAAAUAGUGCAGAUCAUCCCAGAUGUGGGCCAGUUACUGAAUUAUUCGGGAAGACCAAUCCAAAAGACAAAAGAGUGGAAAGCAAUACCAGGUUACAGUCACUCUGGUAUCAGCUCCCAAAUAACGAAAACAAAGCAUUUAUUGGAAUCGAUACUUACAUAAACACGGAAAAGGGCAAAAUAUUUACCCCAGGUUAUUACAAACCAGAAAGUAUCAAGACUGGCCCUGGGACGGCUGCCGGUAAUAUUAAUCAGAUGAACGACAUAGGGAUGGCAGCUGGAAUAUUGAGGUUGACCGGCCCAGCGAGACAAUUUAGGAUAAUAAACACAAACAUUUACCGAGGACUCUUGCAUUUUGAUGAAAUCCAAAAGUGCGAGGAUCCUAGCGUCUCCGACAACUGGGCUGAAACUUAUAAAAAGUGGAUAGAGGACUUUCUCAAAGCAAGGCAGACAGAAUUAAUGUUCAUGGUCACAAACCUGAAUUUGGCAGUACUGAAGUCUGGCGACUUGAUGAAAGACGGAGAAGAAACCGCCGAAUCCAUUGGCCACAAACAGCUUAUGGACAUAUACGGCGCGAAGCUUUGGGAAUGGGAUGUCAACACUCUCCUGGACUAUAGCCCUGAGGCUUUGGCCAACCUACCCCCAGGAGCUUUUCCUAUCGAGCGUCGCAGUGAUGUAUGCGCAAAUCAAGCCCCAACAACGACUUCUCCAGAACCAGCGCCGCCGGUCGAGACAUCUCUGGUAGUGCAAUGUGAGAAGUCAUCUGAUUGUCAACUUCCACGGUUGAUAGAUUGGUGUGGGAAAAAGUCGAUAACAGGAGGACCUAAUAUGGAAUCGGUUGCUAUGGCUCCUGGAUGCUAUCAGAUGACAUCCCCAAAGACGUGUGGGUGUGAGGAUCCAAGAUUUCCUUCGCCUUGA